AAUUAUAUUACUCAUUUAAAAAUAGAUAUUCUAGCACCAUCAAGUUCUUCUAUCACUUCUUAUAACAAUUAUCUUGUAUAUGUUCUUCAACAUAUACAACCCUUAUUGAAUUCUACAACGAUAGUUGCAUAUGGAGACUGGAAGUUUUCAAGUUGUUCUAAAGGGCAUGUAUCUGGACCAAUUAAGGUUCUAUACAAAGAGUUGAGGCGAAGAUUGGGAGAAGAGUUCGACUUGUAG